AUGAAGAUUGUAAUUGUUUUCCUUGUUGUCUGCAUUUUGGGUUACAUCAGCGGUGAGGAUUGUCCUAAUAAUAAUCCUGACCAGGAAUGUGGACACGUAACAUGUGAAAACCAUUGGCAUAAGGCUUGUGUAUCAAACACGUGUACCUGUCUACACAGUACUGAUGGAGGACAAGCAUGCACAAACAAAGCACAGUGUGACGCCAUAAAUAGUUGGUCCUGUUCAGCAUCACGUAGACACUGUGUAGAUGGUAGAUGUCGUUGUUCUAGGUUUUAGAUGCUACAACUGUAAAAUACUUGGCAGCUGCUUAUUCUUUA